AUGGGUUUUGAAGAACAUCAGAAACAGAGCCCGAUCAAGAAGAAUAUGGUGUUCAAGUUUCACUUUCAUGUCCCGCAUCUCCACAUACUCCAUCAUCACCAUGUUCCUAAAGGCUGUGUCGCGAUCAUGGUGGGGCACGAGGGAGAUGAAGAAGGUCUACACAGAUUUGUUGUUCCGUUGAUGUUCUUGAGCCAUCCUCUGUUUUUGAGUCUGUUGAAGGAAGCUGAAGAAGAGUACGGGUUCAAACACUCUGGUCCGAUCACGAUUCCUUGCCGUGUCGAUGAGUUUAAGCAUGUUCAGGAGAUUAUCGACGAGGAGAUUCAUCGCCGUCACAGUCACGGAAACGGACACAACAACCAUAACCACCAGCAUCACCACAACAACAACCAUCAUCUGAGAUGUUUCUGA